CCUCAAAUCUCUUAACACCCCGACAAAGGUAAAUAAACGGUAUUAAUAGCAUAAGUGCUGCAUGACACAUACAUCUCCGGGCAAUGAUUUCCACGUGACCAAGCUUAGUAACCAAACCCAAACAUAGCACUCUGAUUGGCCCAUCCUUUGCCCCAGCCCAUCCGGCGGAUCUCCCCAUCACCGCGUUGAUGAUGCUAGCUGGCUUGAAGUUCGUCACUCUUGCAACGACCACUUUACCACUUUUCAAGUCACCCAGCAGUGGGCAAACAGAACACCCACACUGGUUUCUUUUUCCAUCCGCUUUAACUAUGUUUUCAUAAGCCGCUGUUUUCCUUUGAUACCCCCUUUCUUUUUCUUACACGCCUUAGCCGAGGGAACUGCGUCCGCCGCCAUGAGGUUGGCAGCUUAUGCUGGGGCCUCGACGGCUCUGGCUGCUGGCGUGAUCCUUAAGGCCUUACACCAGAGAGCAAACUUUUAUUCCGCCUGCGUCUAUCUGUCCCAGAGCAACGCGAACCUCAUGAUACUAACGAACUUCUGCCUCUUGAUCGUCGGAUUCGUGCUAUAUGGACUUCAGAGAUUGCUAUAUGGACCCCUCCGACCAGUCGAAACGGAGCAACUAUAUGAAAAAGCUUGGUUUGCGGUGACGGAAACAUGCCUCGCGAUGACCAUAUUUCGUGGCGAGAUGGGAGCCUGGUUUCUGGUCAUGUUCGUCUGCCUUCUUGUUGGUAAAAUUUGGGGAUGGAUUGGAGAGGGUCGAGUGGAAAUACUUGAGCAGCAGCCGCCGCAAAACCCCCGCCUUUUCCAUACGCGACUAGCAGUUUCCCUGAUUUUGGCCGUAGUAUUCAACACCCUUAUGCUCGAAUAUGCCGUGAAGACAGUACUCCGCAAGGCUCGACCUGACAUGAUGGUGAUGUUUGGAUUCGAGUUUGCGAUCCUAUCAAUCCUCUCGACGUCGACCGCGGCGAGGUACGGUAUCUCCCUCUGGGAGAUUUAUAUCACUAGACAACAGCGACAGGCGAAGAUGGAGGAACGAAGAGCGGAGAUUCGAGCAGCGAGAGCGGAAGCAAUCCAGCAACAGUCAAACUCUGGGUCACAGGAACCUCUAAAUAAUUUACCAAAUGAGGAUGAUAUUGAUGAAAUGGAGCUUGAUGUUCCUGGCUGGGAGGAAAAGGGCCGAUGGGUAUUUUAUCUCAAUAUCGUAACUGACUUUGUAAAACUUGUUGUCUAUAUGUCUUUCUUCGCGAUCCUUUUCACCUUCUACGGAUUACCGAUCCACAUUAUUCGAGAUGUUGUGCUUACAAUGAGGUCAUUUGGGAAGCGGGUGGUUGACUUCCUUCGUUACCGCAAUGCUACAAGGGAUAUGCACCAACGCUACCCGGAUGCAACUGCGGAAGAAAUCGCGGCAGGGGAUGUAUGUAUUAUUUGUCGCGAAGAGAUGGAACCUUGGCAACCGGCAGCCGCUCCAAAUGGGAACGCACCCCCAGCCAGACCUUCUGGUCCCAUUUCGGAUCGAUUAAGGGCAAAGAAACUCCCUUGCGGCCAUAUACUCCAUUUUGCAUGCCUGCGUAGCUGGCUAGAGCGCCAACAAAUCUGUCCAACAUGUCGACGGCCUGUUGCCUCAGCUCGAAUACGUCAGGAUUUCGUUGCUGCUCCAGGGGUUGCCCCUGGAGGUCCCGGUGGAAUGGCUAAUCAAGCUCAGGGUGCGGGAGCAAACCAGACUUUCGGGGCAGCCGAUGGUCAACCUGGAGAAGCUCGACCAAGAGCGUGGAUGUUCAAUUUCGGGCCUAUUCGCGUCGGGUUUGGAGCUGGCCGUGGAGAUUUGUUCCAGAACCUUGCACAACAGAUCCACGAUGGCCAAGCGCCACCUGUUCAGCCAGGAGCUAAUGCAAACCGCCAGCCAGCUGGACCGCAGCAAAUCGGCUUUGGAUUUGGCUUUGGGCGACCGCCUGCCCAACAGCCGCUUCCAGCCCAGCACAACAACGUACAGCCAACCGCAUCAAACACGCAAUUCAACUUCCAACACACGCAGGCCCAUCUCCAGCAUGUUGAGCAUCAUAUUUCCCAGGCGAUUGACAAUUUGCGGGCUACGGCUGAACAAUUGCAAGUGGUGCGUUUGUUACAAGCUGAAUUAGCCAGACUUCGCGCUACUCAAGCCAGCAUGACGAACCAGCAUACACAACCACAACCGCAACCACAACCACAGGCUGCAACUGCGCCAGCUAUUACUCCUACUGCUAUGGCAUCAUCACAUAUUCCUGCGACUGGCAGCCAAAGACAGUUCACAUCCCAUCCACAAGUCCCUGCGCUGGGCUCGGGGGACAGUCGUCUCCCCGAAGGGCUUAUCCUGCCCCGAGGUUGGACAUUGUUACCUCUACAGCAGGCUAAUCAUCCUGGACCAUCAUCCACUCAAACCUCCACCACCCAUUCUAUGGAACCUCCAUUCCCCUCACACUCAUCGUCAAUGCCUAGUACUCAACUAUUUUCCCAAACACCAAACACUUCGUCACCCCCCACGAACGAAUCAACUAACAGCGCAGCUUCUCUCAACCAUGAACCUUUGGAUGUUCAACGGUCUAGCCUGGAUUCAUCCUCUCCAAACCCUACAUUGGCAUUCUCUGCGCCAAGUCACGGAUCACAGGCUGAACCGGUGCAGACUAGUUCUAGGACUAAUCGCCCCUCUGCAGAACAUGCCCCUCCCAUUCCAGACUGGAGUUCAACAGUAUCGAACGGGACAAUUAGUAAGCCUGUAGUGGCAGCGCCUGAAGAUACACCAACAGGGCCGGAUGGAGAAGAAAACAAUGACGUGGAACCAGCACCGUCAGAUCAAUCGUCGUCUAAAGGCAAAUCCCGCGCAACCACAGUAGAAGAUUACGUAGAAGACAGUGCUUGAUAAGACGAAAAAUUUCAUGACAACACCCGUGUGGUAGGUAGACUAAGCUGUGGGCAAGCCACAACAACUUCGUCUCACGGCAGAGGAUAGGGGGAAAAGGAGAGGAAAAGAAAAUGGGCAUCAAUUAUAUCUUCACAAUUCAUGUAAUUACAUCAAUUUUUUCACUCCUGGGUUUUUCUUUUCUGGCUUCUCUUCAACGAAGGAUAUUAUGGUCUGCAGAUUGCAUCUUUUUUUUUGUCUCGUCUUUUCUUUUUGCAGUUUUCUUUUCGUCGUUUUCCAUCAGCCCUUUCGAUGAUCGAACAAGACAGCCCUGUUGAUCAUACCACUCGCUUUUGAUGCUUGUAUUCUAGAUUGUCCUCUUGUGUUUAACGGACAUUAUAUGGAAGAAGAAAAUCUACGACUGUGUAAAAUCACCCCCCAUUUAUCAUUGAAGACGUCUGAGAUUUUUUUUUUUUUUUUAAGAUAUCCACGUUCCUUUUAUCGUAGGCAUCUGUUCCGCUUUGCCCCUCCACCACACCACAGCCGUUUAUCAAAAAAUGGCAGCAGGGGUAGAAAAUAAUUGUAUGUACUAUGUAUGUAUGUAGAUUCUUCGGCCUCCCCCCCGUUCCCCCCCCCCCCCAACCUACUCGGGGGGCCCAAAUCAUGACAAUGAGUUAAAUCGGGUUAAAACUCUUCAUCACCAAAUAGUCUCUAGGACACGGGUAGAGAGGAAGCUGU